GUGUUAUAUAUGAACGCGGCCCUGUUAGAGGCGACAGAUCCUCGCGGAUUUCUACUCAAGCACCUCAACGCUGGUGUCCGCCCUGAUGGAAGGGCCGAUCCGCCGUUCUCGAGUCGAAAGAUCUCGGCGACGUCCAGUGAGGGGAAGUCGACAGUCCGGAUCGGCGAGAACUGUGCCACCUGCGUAGUCCACCCGUUAUUAGGAGAGCCGCUAUCAUCAAUGCCUAGGCAGGGCCGUCUUACGGUCUCAGUGGAUCUCCCACCGGCAGCAGACCAGUCUCGAAGGCAAGCACAGCAGGUGUCGUCUUGGGUUGCAACUAAAGUCGGGUCCAUUCUCCAAAUGGGACCAGAAGUGUUCGACCCCAGCCAGCUGUGUGUUGUAGAAGGGCAGGUGGUAUGGCAACUUCACUUGGUCAUAACGGUCCUAUCUGUGGACGGAUCCCUGAUGGAUGUGUGUAUGCGGGCGGCUGUUGAGGCCUUGCAGAGUGUCCAACUACCUGCACUCUUCGCUGGAGAAGCUCUCAGUGACAGAGCCGCUGAUGUCAAUAUUGCGUCUAUUACAACGGCACCCAUGGGAAGAGAGCUGACUCAAGCACAUGGUGUGGUCAUGGGUUCGAUUCCUGGCUCGACCACUUUGGCAUUAUUAUCCGAUGACAAGACGUGGCUACUGCCGGAUCCUACUGCUUCAGAGGAGCAGGCAUGCGGCGGAGCAGUUAUAAUAGUGGUGACUUAUGUAAAGGGCACGAGAAAGGGUCCAUCACCAACCGUGCUGUCCUAUCUCCCUUCAUUCGACGGCGAUGCCGACAUUCCUCCCACUUUCUUGGAGGAUGAUGCUGUUCAUAUGGCACUCAAGAUCCGGGGCGCUACUGUUGAGAAGAAGGAUUAACGUCGUUUC